AUGACGAAGGGGUCUGAGGACCUUCUCUGUGGCCCCACCGGGACCCUUGCUCUCACCGUGUGCGCGGCGGCCGUGGGAGGUACGCUGCAGUACGGCUACAACAUCGCCAUCAUCGAUGCCCCCACCGCUCACAUCUGCACCUUCAUUAACGACACCUGGCGGGAGCGCCGGGGGACUCGGCUUGAGGCGUACCAGGUGACGCUCAUAUGGUCCUUCGUCGUGUCCGUCUUCUCUCUGGGGGGGCUGCUGGGCUCCUUGCUGGCAGGGCCCCUGGCCGUCCGAUUCGGCAGGAAGAGGUCCCUGCUGCUCAACAACGUGUUCCUGGGCCUCAGUUCUGUGCUUUCGGUGAGCAGCCGAACAGCCCGGUCCUUUGAGAUGAUCAUCCUGGCCCGUCUGCUGGUGGGAAUCAAUGCGGGGGUCAGCAUGAACGUACAGCCCAUGUAUUUCGGAGAGAGCGCCCCCAAGCACCUGCGCGGCGCCGCCGCCCUGUCCUCGGCCGUCUUCACCGCCUUCGGGGUGCUGCUGGGCCAGGUGGUGGGUCUCAGGGAGCUCCUGGGUGGCGAGUCCUGGUGGCCGUACCUUCUGGCCAGCGGCGUCGUCCCCGGAGUCAUACAGCUGCUCACGCUGCCCUGGUUCCCAGAGAGCCCCUGCUACCUGCUCAUCGACAGGGGGGACAAGGAGGCCUGCGUCAAGGCUCUACGGCAGCUGUGGGGCCGCGACGAUCUUGGCGCCGACAUGGAGCAAAUCCUGCAGGAACAGGGCCGCGGCGGGGGAGCCAGGGCCAAGAGGCCAUGGGAGCUGUUCGGGGAGCGCAGCGUUCGCUGGCAGCUGCUCUCCGUCAUGGCCGUCAGCAGCGCCAUGCAGCUUUGCGGGAACGAUGCGAUAUAUUUUUACGCGUCCUCCGUGUUCCGGGAAGCUGGGAUCUCCUCGGAUCGGGUUCAAUACGCCACCAUUGGCACCGGCGCCUGUGAAUUCACUGCCACGGUCCUGUGCAACCUCUUGAUUGAGCACCUCGGCAGGAGACUCUUACUCAUCGGUGGGUAUGUUCUCAUGGCUUGCUGGGCGCUGGUCUUCAUGGUGGCUCUCUCAUACCGGGAGACAGUGGAUGGGAUGCCAUACCUGUGCAUGACUUGCAUCUUUGCCUAUAUACUCAGCUUUGGACUAGGACCAGCGGGAGUGACGGGGGUUUUACCCACCGAGAUCUUCAACCAGACGGCGCGUCCUGCCGCCUACACGAUAGCGGGCUCCUUGAUGUGGAUCAACUUCUUCCUGGUGGGAAUGGUCUUCCCCUUCUUGGUGAGCGAGUUGGGAGAAUUGUGCUUCAUCCCCUUCUGCGCCGUCUGCCUGCUCUGCUCCCUUUACGUCGGCUUUGCGCUCCCCGAGACCAAAGGGAAAACCCUUUCCGAAAUCACGCACGAUUUCGACAGGCUCAACUUCGGGGCCGAAGGGAGACGGAGUCCUGCGGCAGCACGGGCCCGCUACCGGCCCGGCAUCAUCCUCCAGUCAACGGCGCUGUAGACCCCGCGCAAUACGCUCCUUCGACAGGACGAGGCACAGGCAGCUCCGUUCUUCAUCGCUUCCAUGUCCUUCCCGAGUCACAAGAGGAAACUCGAGAGCUUCAUAAUGAACGCUGCAGCACGUCCCCGAAUGCCAAAUUAUCACGUUCCCCUUGAAAAGAGCAUCUAGGACAUGUGUUUACUUCCCUUGGUGAUCCUGAAUUAGUACAUCAACAUCUCCAUCGGUUUCUGUUCAUUAGUUUCAAAUUUACUUCAACUCCAAAGACUUCCAUUCCCAGGUGGAAUCUUACUGCACUAAAUAUUUUGCCCCCAUGCCUUUAAAAAAGGGUGAAAAUGAAAAGUAGCAGAGGUGACUGCAUGAACACAACCCCAUUCGUGCUCAUGCACACAUGCGCACACACAGGUACAGUACAUUGCAAGUUGAAAUAUUCCCCACAUCCCCCAGUCUAUAUGCAAUAACCGUCCUCAUGCACAGUGAAAACGACAUUAAUGGUCAAUUUUACUGGAAAUGAGGGUUCUUCAAUUUGUAUGGAAAACACGUAGAUGCAAUGUACCACUUCGAUCUAAUCCAUCUCUCGUUCCCUAAAAUGUGAAUAAACCAAAA